GAACUGACUGACUGUUCAUGGGGUUCUCAAGGCGGCGUUUCACAAUUGAUGAUUUUGAAAUCGGGCGUCCUCUCGGCAAAGGAAAAUUUGGGAAUGUGUACCUGGCUCGCCUCAAGAAAAGCCAUUUCAUUGUGGCCCUGAAAGUCCUCUUCAAGUCCCAGAUAGAGAAGGAAGGACUGGAACACCAGCUGCGCAGGGAGAUUGAAAUCCAGGCGCACCUUCAACACCACAGUAUCCUUCGCCUGUACAACCACUUCCAUGAUGCACGCCGGGUGUACUUGAUUCUAGAGUAUGCUCCAAGGGGUGAGCUCUACAAGGAGCUACAAAAGAGCCCCACGUUUGAUGAACAGCAUACCGCUACGGUAAUGGAGGAGUUGGCAGAUGCUCUGACCUACUGCCAUGAAAAGAAGGUGAUUCACAGGGAUGUUAAGCCAGAGAACCUGCUGCUGGGGCUCAUGGGUGAGGUGAAGAUGGCAGACUUUGGCUGGUCUGUGCACACACCCUCUCUAAGGAGAAAGACAAUGUGUGGGACGCUGGACUACUUGCCCCCAGAAAUGAUUGAGGGGAGAACAUACAACGAGAAGAUAGAUCUAUGCUGCCUAGGGGUGCUCUGCUAUGAGCUGCUGGUGGGAAAUCCUCCCUUUGAGAGCGCCUCCCAUAGUGAGACCUACAGAGGCAUCCUCAAGGUAGAUGUAAGAUUUCCUGCAUCAAUACCUUUGGGGGCUCGGGACCUGAUCUCCAGGCUUCUCAGAUACCAGCCCUCGAAGCAGCUGCCCUUGGCCCAGGUCUUGAAGCACACAUGGGUCCAGGCUUACUCUUGGAGGGUGCUGCCCCCAGCUGCUCAAAUGGCUUCCUUAGCCCUGUCCACCCCUAUUCUUCUGUGAUUGCUUAUGGAACACCCUGGCUGUGGGAUCUCAUCUGUCUUUUGUUUCUUCGCUUGUUAAGAUGCAUCAUGCUAGUUAAUA